CUUCUCCUGCCUUCCUUCUUCUCUGUCCUUUUUCAGUCCGAGUAAGAAAGGGUUUCCCCUGCAGCUCUCUCGGAGGAGUCUCAUGGAGGGAGGGGUUGGCGCAUCCAGGCCGCACUUCGUCAAGGCGUUGAUCCCCGGGUUCUCUAAAAGGAUGCUGAUUCCUCGUCACUUCACCGAGCGUCUUGCGUGUGAGAACCAUCGAACGGCCACCAUUCUAAGCCCUCUUGGCAAGUUUUGGCAUGUUAGUAUUGAGAGAGAUGGGCAUGAUAUGUUCUUCGGUAAUGGCUGGAAGGAAUUUACUGAAGCCCAUGACUUGUGUGUGGGUUACUUCCUGGUGUUCUGCCAUGAAGGCAACAUGGUUUUCACUGUCAAGUAUUUUGAUUGGAGUGGUUGUCUUAAGGAGUAUAAUGAGAUUGCAGGUAGAUUCUCAGAAGAAACAAAAACAACAGUCGAAGAAGAUCAAGCCAUUGAUAAUGCAUCAAAGAGUGAUAUACGGAAGGGAGUAGAUUCUGAUAGCAUAACAAGUAAGUUAAAGACUGAUAAUUUAGAAUGCUCAGAUGAGGAGGAGGAAUCUACUCCAUUUUGAGAAGAUAGAUAUACCUUGUCAUCUCCAGUACAAGGCAAUGGGUGUUCUGUAAGCUUGCUGUAAGGUCUCAAAAGGAAACAUGAAAUUGUGUUAGUAAGACGUAAAAUCUUUGGCUCUCAUCCUGGCCCUCAAGGAGAUCAAAAAAAUGGGGAAAGCAUUGAGA